CCACCCCUUCGCGCAGAAGAUGGCGGCGCCCAGCGGAGGAGAGGCCGCUCUUGGGCUUUGCAGAGGCUGACUCCCUCCGGCUCCCCGUUCGGGUGCCAGGCGCCGCAAGCGGGAGGACAGGGGCCGGGCGGGGACAGAGGCACCUGCGUGACUGGACCGCGAGCCCGCGCCCAGCCCGCGCCGCCCCCACCCGGCCCCGGUCCGGCCCUACCCGACCCCGUUCCCAUCCUUCCCCGGUCUCCUCCCGGUCUGACCCGUUGCCCUGCCGUCGUACGCCGCACCAGGCUUCUAAAGCCGAGGUAUUUCCAACAGUCAGGGCUCCAUGUCACUUUAGAGAUGUUUGGCCUCUUCCAUCCCAAAUAGCCCUCCCUCCAAACCCGGGACUCCUUUCCCUUUACCACGAAUCUUUCCUCCAACCCACUUCUUCCUUAGGUCUUGGUUCUCCCUUUGUUAGAGACUCAUAUCCCUUCCAAAUUAAUCCCCGAUUCCCCACAAUAUUGGCGACGUUGACAUUCUCCUCACUGGGAGCCCGCCUUCCAUUUGACCUAAACUCCAUAGCCCUAUCAUGGAGGCUGUGUACCUGGUGGUGAAUGGGGUGGGCCUUGUGCUGGACCUGCUGACCUUGGUGUUGGAUCUCAACUUCCUGCUCGUGUCCUCCCUUCUGGCUACCCUGGCCUGGCUCGUGGCCUUCAUCUACAACCUGCCACACACGGUACUGACUAGUCUCCUGCACUUGGGUCGAGGCGUCGUGCUUUCAUUGCUGGCCUUAAUUGAAGCAUUGGUCCGGUUUACCUUUGGGGGAUUGCAGGCCUUGUGUACUCUACUCUACAGCUGCUGUUCUGGCUUGGAGAGCCUAAAGCUCCUGGGACACCUAGCCUCCCAUGGGGCGCUGCGGAGCCGGGAGAUACUGAACAGGGGCCUCCUCAAUAUGGUCUCCAAUGUCCAUGCUUUGCUGCGCCAGGCCUGUGAUAUCUGUGCCAUUGCCAUGAGCCUGGUGGCUUAUGUGAUCAACAGCCUGGUCAACAUCUGCCUCAUUGGCACUCAGAACCUCUUCUCUCUGGUGCUGGCCCUGUGGGAUGCAGUGACCGGGCCUCUAUGCAGGAUGACUGAUGUGGUGGCUGCUUUCCUUGCCCACAUUUCCAGCAGUGCUGUGGCCAUGGCAAUUCUGCUUUGGACCCCCUGCCAACUAGCACUGGAGCUUCUGGCCUCAGCUGUCCGCCUUCUGGCCAGCUUUGUGCUUUUCAAUCUCACUGGUUUGGUGUUGCUGGCUUGUGUGUUGGCAGUGACUUUGACGGUGUUGCAUCCGGACCUCACCUUGAGGCUGGCCUCCCGAGCACUCAGUCAGCUUCAAGCCCGCCCAUCCUACCACCGGCUCAGAGAAGACGUUGUGCGGCUGUCUCGCCUUGCACUGGGUUUAGAGGCCUGGCGUAGAGUCUGGAGCCGCAGCCUACAGCUGGCCAGCUGGCCAAACCGGGGCGGGGCACCUGGGGCUCCCCACGGUGGCCCUAGGAGGAGAAUCUUAUCAGCCAGGAUCCGGGGACAGGACACUCUUGAAGCAGAAGAGGAAGUGGACAGGAGCAUCAGAGCUACACCUGCCCGGGGCAGAGAGAGACUCAAUGAGGAUGAGCCUGCAGCUGGGCAAGACCCAUGGAAGUUGCUAAAGGAGCAAGAGGAGCGGAAGAAAUGUGUUAUCUGCCAGGACCAGAGUAAGACUGUGCUGCUUCUGCCCUGCCGGCACCUGUGCCUGUGCCAGGCCUGCACCGAGAUCCUCAUGCAACACCCUGUCUACCACCGCAAUUGCCCGCUCUGCCGCCGCGGCAUCCUGCAGACCCUCAAUGUCUACCUCUGAAGACCACCCCCUUGCCUGUCAACCCUCCAUGCUCAACGAACUAGGACAGCAUCAACACCUCGCCUCCGGGUAAGGGCCUGAGUCAGCUCUGAUGGCUGCUCUGCCAAGCCUCCAGCCAUACAUCCAGGAUGUGGAGAUGGAAUGCUUUGGAAGACUCCAGUCUGGGUGGGACAGGGUAACGGUGUCUCUGAACUCCAUGGGGCCUUUUGAUGCUGAGGGUGGUAUGUUACUAUGCAAGGUUCCUGAGACUAUUUGCAGUGGGCUGUCCUCCAGCCUGCCCAGUGCCUAGGGCCCACCCAGAUGCCAGCCUUGGGGCUACCCUUCUCUGCUUCUUGUUUUUCUGUUGGGGUUUUUUGGUCCUUCCCCCAUCUUGUACAGCCACAACACAUCAGUGUCAUUUGAGUAUUUUGGCAACUCCUGGGGCUUUGGAGUGAUCUUGAUUUUUAUAUUCUUUGGUUUUUUUCUUAUUUCGGAAUGAUCUUGAACCUUUAUGUUUAGCCAGAAGCCCUGUGCCUGGUAAGUCUGGAGUAGAAUCCCUCAGGUGUUCUUAGAACCACUUCUGCCUGUCACCUUUUGAGACUCCCAACCUGAUCUGAAACCUGGGAUUCGGAGUUUGCCCCUGGGUACAGGGGUGCAUCUACAUCUGGCUUUGGGACCAUAUACCCUUCUGACACCCCAAGUACACAGGGGGCCUCAAGAGAUCCAACCAAGUUUCUACUCAUUCCCCCUCAUGCCCCACAUGGGAUAGAACAUGGCAUUCCUCCUUGUCUGCCCCUGGCACUAGGGUGGCAGUCUGCACACUUCACUAGGGUCCAAACAAGGGGUGAGGGCUCGGAGGGCAUGCAGCUCCCUUAGGUCUGCCUGCCCAGUUUCCAUGAAUAAAGUUCUGUUGACAGUUC